CAUCCAUGGCUGACCCCUACUCUAAUUUCUUCUCUUCCUCAACUUUCUUUCAAUUCCAUCACCAUUUUCCAUCUUCCAACCCUUCUCCACACACUCCACACAGUCCUUAUGUCCAUCACAACUUCAUCAACCACACCAAAAGCAACGACACCACCUUUUUACACUAUCACAAUCUCCACCACCACCACCACAGUAACACUACUACUACUACCACUUUUUCUUCUUCUUUUCCUCCUUCCCCUCCUCUUAGAGAAGAACUACCCCUCUUGAGGUUGAGCCCAGCAAAGCAAGAGGAGGAAGAGCAAGAACAAGAGGACAUGUCUUGCACUGCAGUCAUGGACAUGGAGGACAGGAUCCAACUCAAAGAGGAAGAUGAUGAUGAAGAACAUGGCACUGUCACUGUUGCACUUCACAUAGGGUUGCCAAGCCCUAGUGCUGCUGAGAUGGCUUCUGUGCUUUCAUCUUCCUCAGAGAUCACAGAUAAAGAACAUGGAGAUGGUGGUGAGGAUUCUUCUGCAGGGUUCAUGGUCAACAGGCUCAACAAGGGCCAAUAUUGGAUCCCUACUCCUUCUCAGAUUCUCAUUGGUCCUACUCAGUUCUCUUGCCCUGUUUGCUGCAAAACUUUCAACAGAUACAACAACAUGCAGAUGCAUAUGUGGGGGCAUGGAUCACAGUACAGAAAAGGGCCUGAAUCUCUAAGGGGUACCCAACCAACAGGCAUGUUGAGGCUUCCUUGUUAUUGUUGUGCCCCAGGGUGCAGAAACAACAUUGAUCACCCAAGAGCAAAGCCCCUCAAAGAUUUUAGAACACUUCAAACGCAUUACAAGAGGAAGCAUGGGAUUAAGCCCUUUAUGUGUAGAAAAUGCGGUAAGGCUUUUGCUGUGAGGGGAGAUUGGAGAACCCAUGAGAAGAACUGUGGCAAGCUUUGGUACUGUAUCUGUGGCUCGGAUUUCAAGCACAAGAGGUCUCUUAAAGAUCAUAUUAAAGCUUUUGGAAGUGGCCAUGCAGCUUAUGGAAUCGACGGUUUCGAAGAAGAUGAUGAGCCUGCAUCCGAAGUGGAGCAAGAUAAUGAUUCCACCCAGUAAUGAUUGCAUGAGUUUAUAUAUGUGAAUUAUCUUAGUUAUUUUGUGAGAUGAUUGGGGAUGAAUAUAAAACCAUGGCUUCUUAUUUCAGAACUAUAUAUAAGCACCAAGUUUAAAUGAAAAGCAACCUUUCUUUUCUUUCUUUCUUCUGUUGGCAAUAUUAGCUAGCUAGGAGAUUGGAUACAAAACAAAUGCAUAUGCUCCUAACUGUUAAGGCCAGAUAUAUUUCCA